GCAACUCCAAUUCACUCUCAGCCUCGAUGUUCGCCCAUAAGUUCCCAUCCGUUCAGGACGUUGCCCUCCGUCAUGUCUACUUCGGUAGCAAAAUCUUCGCGGCUAAAGCCCGAAAUUCGUCUGGCUCAAGCUGUUUCCCAGUUCGAAGGAGACCUUUCAAGCGAGCAGAAAACUGCCUUCCGUACCAAUAAGUCUCAAUCGCUACAUUCCCCUCCAGAUCCCUGCGAUGUUAUGCGACUCACAGCCGAGAUUGACCGCCGCGUGUCUGGAAAGGGUGGCGGCCGUUGUUUUGGACCUCGUUUUAUGAAUUUCGUACAGGUAGUCCAGCAAUUUGCUGCGCUUGGGGACAUUGUUGUAGGAGGCUCUCAGAAUAUAAUCGCAUGCAGCGUCUGGUCGCUAGUGCGGGUGUCAUUACUUGCAAUUGUGAACUUCUCGUCCUACCUCGAAAAGCUUUCGACCCUCUUCAUGACCGUUGGUCGCUCAGCACCACGCUACCAAAGCAUGGCCAUACUCUAUCCUCGAUCCAAAUGUCUACAAUCAAACCUAUCUGAAUACUUUAUUGUAGUAGUUCGCCUUUGCCAUCAGCUAUUGAAAUUUACACAGAAGUCGGCGAUUCGACAAGUCGUGUCUACCUUAAGCGACUCGGACUUGAAGAUGUUUCAAUCAGAGCUCGAUCGCUGGGCGAAUUCGAUCAAGGAGGAGAUAAACUUCCUAGUGGCAAACCAGGUUGAGGAAGAAGCCCAAGAGAAUUUCCACUUCAGGGUUCGAUCUAGCAAGUUUUACAAAUCCGCAUCGCACGAGCAAAAACUAGCCACAAACCUUCGAGUCCUCGAAUUCUGCUCUAAGUAUGAUCAAGAGACGACGUGGAAACAGACUCGAAAAGUCGGAAACACAAACCUCUUCAGUCAGGUCGCCGAAUACCAGGACUGGAAAACCAAAGAUACGUCCUGCACACUCAUAUACACAGGCAAAUUAGGAUCGGGGAAGUCUGUCUUGCUUGCAAACAUUGUCGACGAUCUGCAUAUUCACGACGGAGGUAAGGAUAUUGCAGUAGCCUAUUUCUUUUGCAGGCACGACAUUGCGGAGAGCUUGAAGGCACAGACAGUUAUUGGUUCUCUAGCGCGACAAUUGUUACGCACGGUACCAGACCUUGCUAUGGUAGCAGAUUUGUGCGAAAGGACCACUUCAGCCCCAGAUUUCGGAACAGUAGGCAAUUUGCUCCAUCACGCCUUUCCAUCUCAUCGUAAAGCGUACUUCGUCCUUGACGGGAUGGACGAAUGUAACCCUUCGGAGAGAGACACACUGGCUCAAGAACUCCGGAAGCUCCAGAAGACCCUUACGCUCCUUGAAUUUGUUGAGGCGGAGUUAGCGAGAUGCCUAGAGUGCAGAAAGCUGGUAUUAGGGGAUGCUGCUCUUAUAAUAGAGAUACAAGAUGCUCUCUUACAGGGAUCUCAAGGAAUGUUCCUCUGGGUGGCUCUCCAAAUCCAGUCCUUGUGUAAUAUGAAAUCAGACCAGGAUAUCCGCGAUGCUUUAGCGGAUCUUCCCGAGGAUCUUUCAGAAACGUUUUCUCGGAUUCUACGGCGAUCGGAAGGACCGGGAAAGUCUUACCAGAGACAAAUACUACAGCUCGUCACAGCAGCCUACCGGUACUUGACAAUAGACGAGCUUCGAGAAGCCCUGAGUGUAGUUCCAGGAGACCAAGUCUGGAAUCCUUCAAGGCUCCUGAACGACGUAUAUUCGACGCUGGCUUGCUGCGGAUGCCUCCUCACUGUUGAUGAAGAGGAGUCCACUAUACGUUUCAUACACCAUAGCGUCAAGCAGUUCCUCCUGGGUGGUUUCCAAGACUCAACCAACACAGCUUUCACGAUGGACAGCGCACAGAGGACGAUGGCAGAUAUUGUUAUCACCUACCUCAACUACGGCGUCUUUGGAACCGAACUAAGCACAAUGAAAGUUCCACAAAUAAGAACAGCCUCAGCGCCGUCUAGCAUCAUUCUUUCAGCUCUAGGAGCUUCAAGCAGUGCCCGAACUGCAUUGAAAUUCUUGAAGUCUAAAAAGCGAGCUGACUUUGAUAUUGGCAAGACUAUUGCAGAAGCGCGUAAACCGUUCCAGUCUCAUUUGGUGGACGCAUUUUUCUUCCACCCUUAUGCUAAGACGUACUGGCUACAGCAC